AUGCCUCGCGAAAUUUCCACGCAUGACUAUACUGUAUGUGAAGGACCAAAACGGGAAUAUGUAGACACAUUGGGAGAAUAUCAAACCUACCCGUAUUUUCUCUGUCCGGAUGACCCUAAUCAAAUGUUCGAACGGUAUUGCUGUCGUACCAUCACCGGAGAGGGUGUAUGCUGUUCCUAUGAUGAAUUACGCAAAUGGGCCAUUUUGGGAGGAUGUAUUGCUAUUGUGGGGAUUCUAGUAAUGGUCGCCUUGGUUGUCUACUGUUGUUGUUUCGCCAAAAAACGUGCAAAGCCCGCCACCCAGCCAUCUCAGACAACACAACUACCAAAGCCAGUAAAACCAGCUACAGAGCCCAAUGUUCCACAACCGAUCGGUUUUAUUCCGUAUCCCGUGGGACCUUCACCACCAACAAUAGGACCAGUUCCAAUGUACGGGGUUCCCGCACCCUAUCCGGUGGCUGCGCAACCCGGUUCGGCUUGGGCCACGGUUGCUCCACUACCUGGCUCAUCGUGGCAGCAGCCCAAUUAUCAACAAGAACCUCCACCGCCACCUUACCCCGGAGAUGAGGCGACCAGUGGAGGCAAGACAGCGCGUCCUUAUCCUACGUAG